UGGAAACGUAAAGAUGGCACUAAAACAAUUGGUUGGUCAAAAGAUACUUAACGAAGUCAUCCGCAGUGAGUCGAAUGCGGAAGGAACGCAAUGGAGGAUCAUGAUCGUCGACAAGCUCUCUUUGCGUAUGGUUUCUGCCUGCACCAAGAUGCAUGAAAUCAGUGCCGAAGGCGUUACUCUCGUCGAGGAUAUCAACAAGAAACGUGAACCGUUGCAAUCGAUCGAUGCGAUCUACUUGAUCACGCCGUCGGAGGACUCGAUCCGGUUGCUGAUGAGGGACUUCGAGAAUUUAGCCAAACCGAUGUAUAAAGCAGCUCACGUUUUCUUCACCGAAGCGAUACCUGAUGAUCUGUUUGACAUUCUGAGGAAGGGAACUGUAGUGAAGUUCAUGAAAUCGUGCAAAGAACUAAGCAUUGCAUUCAUACCAUACGAAGCGCAGGUCUUCACACUGGACUCGCCUAUGAACUUCCAGUAUGCGUACUCACCUGCGCGUGGUUCGGGCCGACGCGAUAAUAUGGAGCGUAUCGCUGAGCAAAUUGCAACACUAUGCGUUACUCUUGGCGAGUAUCCGUCCAUUCGUUAUCGCAGCGAAUGGUAUGGCAACUUUGAGCUAGCUGAAAUGGUGCAGCAAAAGUUGGAUGUCUACAAGAAAGAUGAGCCGACAAUGGGUGAAGGACCGGAGAAGGCUCGCUCGCAGCUUCUCAUCCUCGAUCGCGGCUUCGACUGCGUUUCGCCGCUGUUGCACGAGCUGACGUUCCAGGCGAUGGCGUACGAUCUUUUGCCGAUCGUGAACGACGUCUAUAAGUACGUUCCUUCCCGGCACGAGGCCGAAAAGGAGGUACUGCUAGACGAGAAUGACGAGCUGUGGGCCAAACUGCGUCAUCGGCACAUCGCGGUGGUAUCGAAAGAAGUCCCGGAGCGCCUGGCGUUGUUCAACGAGAAGAAGCGAAAGGAAACCGAAAACCAGUCGGUGAAGGGAAAUCUAUCGCAGAUGAUCAAGAGGAUGCCCCAGUACCAGAAGCAGCUGUCGAAUCUAUCGACCCACCUGCACCUGGCGGAGGACUGCAUGAAGAGGUACCAGAGCUACGUGAAUAAGCUGUACCAGGUGGAGCAAGAUCUCGCAACGGGUAUCGAUGCAGAUGGCGAAAAGAUUGCAGAUAUCAUGCGGAACGUCUCCCCGAUUCUGCUCGACCAGGACGUGUCCAAUCUCGACAAGGUGCGCAUCAUUUCACUGUACGUCAUGAUCAAAAACGGCAUCCCGGAGGAGAACUUCAAAACACUUGUCAGGCACGCCCAGAUUGAGGAGAAUGAAAAGGAUAUGAUCAAAAACCUGACACACCUAGGCAUCAACGUGAUAACCGAAAGUAACCAUGAGAGGCCGUAUACCGUACCGAGAAAGCCGCGUACAUCUCAGAUGUCUCGCUGGACUCCAGUCAUCAAGGACAUUAUGGAGGAUGCGAUUGAAAACACGCUGGACGACAGCAAUUUUCCUUUCCUGGGAGAUCGGAAGGUGGCCGGGGUCCACGUGCCAACCAGUGCCCGUUUCGGCAACUGGCGCAAUAACAAAUCACAGACGGCGACAAAGAAUGUCCCGCGCCUGAUCGUGUUCGUGGUCGGCGGUUGCAGCUACUCGGAAAUUCGCUGCGCCUAUGAGGUGACGGCCGCUAAGAACUGGGAGGUUUACAUCGGUUCAUCGCACAUCCUCACACCUAACAAUUUCCUCGGCGAUCUCGGAUCCCUCAACAAGGAGUAAGCUGGGGUUAUGAUUUUUGUUUGGAUUGGUUGGACAUCGGUUAUCACAAUUAUGUUUUUUUCUGUCUCUCGUAUUAUCAAUGUGUCAUUCCCACAAUUUCUAUAUUUUUAUUGUUUAAGUUUUCUGUCAUGUUAAAAUGGAGGUAUCAAUGAAAUCUGUGAAUAAAUUAUUUUUUUAAAUUAAA